GUGGUCAGUCUCAUGCAUGCCCCUUGAGUGUCUUCCAUAUUCUCCGACGAAAUCUAGUUACAUGGCAUCCAAGAGACGAAGAAAGAUGGGUUUGACCCGAAUGGAUGCGGCUCUCGAUCAGAUGAGCACUUUUGGAUUCUCGAGGCAACUCGUCAGGAAAACUGUUAGAGAUCUUCUCAAGUUGUAUGGUGAUGAUGGAUGGAUAUUAAUUGAAGAAGACGGGUACAAGGUUCUUAUAGAUGUCCUUCUUGAUGAACAAGAGACUGAACAAACACGGAAUUUGUUAAAGGAUGCAUCAUCAGAGAUCGAGAACACUGGAAAUGAGUUGGUCACUGUAGAGUCGAAUGAAGUAGCUGCUGAAGAUGCAUCUUUCAACGGAAACAACAAUGCAUCAUUGACAAACUACACAGAUGAAGUUAACCUCCAGUGUUCCAAAGACCCCCCUGUUUCAGAACUUGCUUCGAUUGCUGCUAAUACCCCUGUAAAUGUCUCUGUUGGUAGGCGUAAGCCUUGUUAUGGAUGGAUCAGCGACGACGACUGUGAUGAGGAAACCAAGUUUAUAGCACUGACACCUGCAAUUUAAAGCAUCUUCCAUUUGCUUGAUAUCUUUUUUGAAGUUUGGAUUCAGAUUGGUGCACAGAAGCAGUAUCCUGUUGGAAAAAGGCUAACAUGGGAAACGUGCAGGUUUUGGGCAUCGUAACCUUCUAAACAUUAACUUCUUGUAUUGGUAUAACUCUAACUACUAUGGAGAUUAUAGAUAUGGCACAUCAAAGAAAGUGAAUCCUAUAAUCAAGAUUUAUAUAUAUCUUGAUAUGUUAUGAAGCCAUUCAUUCAUCUAGACUAUAUCAUAUAUACUCAUCCACUGUACACCAAGUUUUCUAAGUAGGAUUCAUUUGUAAGAGCUGAGGCUUGGGUUCAGCUUGGCUUAAUCAGGGUAUUUAAAUUGAAUAGAAACAUGAUAUCCU